AUGUCGAGUUUGUCGGGGAAGACGAGCUUCAGUACAGGGAAAUCGGUCGUCUGGUCGUGGUUCCAGCCAAAGCUCCAAUCGGGACGCACUCGGAACAUCUCGGCUCCUCGCUUUUGGUACAAUGAGCUCAAACGGUUCUUACUUAACUCUGGCUUUCGCAACUCCUUAGCGGAUGCUUCUCUCUUCUUCUUCUACGAUCAAGGAGUCACAACGUAUCUUCUUGUUUAUGUCGAUGACAUAAUCAUCACUGGAAGCUUUCCCUCUACUGUUCGCGACUUCAUUGAUCUGAUCUCAAAAAGAUUUGCUCUAAAAGACCUUGGUGAUCUCUCCUACUUCUUGGGCAUCGAAGUCACUUGCUCGUCGUCUGGGGUUGUCCUCUCACAGAGAAAAUACAUCUUGGACCUGCUUCAUCGUACACGCAUGGCUGGUGCAAAACCCACAGCUACUCCCAUGUGGUCAACGUCACCUUUAACACUCGAAGAUGGCACACCUCUGUCUGAUAGCAGUGAAUACAUAACUGUUGUUGGUGGACUUCAAUAUCUGUCACUUACUAGACCAUACAUCACAUUUUCUGUCAGCAAACUUUCCCAAUUCAUGCACUAG